AAAUUUUAAGAUAAAUUACUAAAAUAUCAAAAUCAUACCAUAUAUGAAAUUAUAGUACAUAAAUAGAUUUUUAAAGAAGUCUUCAUUAAUUAUCCAAAGUAUCAAGAUUAAUGGUGCUGUAGACUGAGAGAAAAUUUUAAGAUAAAUUAUUGAAAUAUCUAAAUCAUACCACAUAUGAAAUUAUAGUACAUAAAUAGAUUUUUAAAGAAGUCUUCGUCGAUUAUCUAAAGUAUCAAGAUAGAGCCAUGGAUUUUUACUUCUUAUUUUAUUUACUGACUUUUCAACACAAACCAGAAAUAUACCUGUAAAAUAGAACGAAAUGAAAAAAUUCUUGAUAAAGAAACAUUUCUAGAAUUGCCAACGGAACGUUGAAGAGCACGGCUCACAUAAAACAAUGGUCGAUAAGAAGAAACAGAAAAGUGGAGCACUGAAAUCGGAGCACAAUUUGAAGUUUCUCGAAAAGUGAGACAACCAAUUGUUUAAUCGAUCCACGUAGUCGGUGACAAGGGUCGUUUAGGAUUCAUCGUGGCUUUCCCGAUGGAAAGGAACACCUUUAAGCAUUCGUUGCUUGCACUCGAGAUAUUCUCCGGCAAGCCAGAAAAGUCGUGGAGGCAGGACAAACAAUCUCCUUAAAAAAGUUUCGUCCUGGAAGAAAAGCUGAUCCUCAAGCACAGCUUCGGCAAGCUUUCCAUUUAUUGCCGGAGUUUAAGGGACCGUUUCUCGGCCGAACUUGGACAGACAUUAUGGCGAGGAACACUGGAAGAUAAUCCAACUGGAAUCUCUGUUGGACGAAUGACGAACUUGUGACGAGCAUCGCGAAAAGUUUUUACCAUUUCCGCAGGUCACUCGCCACCUGUUUUCUGGAACUUCAUGAAAAUUCUACUUUCUCUGAGAAGUGUGAUUAAAGAAUCAUAAUGGAGAUCCAGAAGGUGUACGUAAAAACACGCGCCGAUUUUGGCAAACAAUGCAUGUUUGACUUUAUUGGUCCAACAAUGGACGUGGAAAUCUUUCCGAAUCUAGUCGAUAUGAACGAUUACAUCUUAAGAUCUCAUUGCCACGUCGGAAUGCAAUACUCGAAGCAGCUUGCACUGCACGAAUUGCAAACCCUUGGCAAGACGACGAAAAACAGUGGAAUGUUUCAUUUCGAGGGUGGUUGGCCGAAGGAGAUCAAUCCCAGGGACGAGGAAACUACCAGCAGGUUUCGAAGGAGAGUCGAAAAGGACGACAACUGGGCACCGAAAUUACGUAAGUUGUUCGAGGUGAUGGAGCACAGUGUUCUCCAGAAUGGCGCGGUGAACAUUUACCAACACUACUUCGACGACAUGACACCAACACAAUUGGUGCAACCUGUUGGUCUCAGAACCGUGAAUGUAUAUGCGGAUCCAGAAACUCCGAAAAGACCGGUGACCGACAUCUCUUGGUCGCCAGAUUCUGGCAGCAGAAUCGUGGUUUCUUAUUGUUUCCUGCAGUACGGCAGGCAGCAAGAUUAUAGUAACAAGGUGUACAUCUGGCAGGUUGACAAUCCGAACGAGCCUUACAUGGCACUGGAGCCUUUUAGCCCGUGCGUGGUUUGCGAAUUUAAUCCUCGAGAUCCUUCCGUCCUUGCCAGCGGUCUUAUGUCGGGCCAGGUUUGUAACUGGGAUGUCAGGACCGGCAUCAAACCCGUUCAGACCUCUCAUCUGCUAGCCAGUCACAGGGAUUACACGAAUGCGGUAAGAUGGUUAUCGUCAAAGAGCAACACUGAAUUUUUUUCCGCAUCAUCGGAUGGUCACGCGAUGUGGUGGGACACGCGACUACUACGAGGGCCGACCGAAACACUGAUGUUCGAUUUCCAGAAUCCAAACGAGCCGAACAUCGACAGAGCGAUCGGAGUUUCCUGUUUAAAUUACGGUCCAAUGAUAGGCGCGAAAUUUAUGUUCGGCAUGGAUAAUGGUAUUAUCGUCACCGGCUCUAGGAAGAUGAAAACGAACGCGGAAAAAUUAGCGGUCAAAUUGAAAGCUCAUUAUGGACCAGUGAGAUCGGUCGAUCGGAAUGUUUUUAAUCCGGCCGUGUAUUUAACUGUUGGAGAUUGGACUGCUCGUGUUUGGGCUGAGGAUACCCGGGAAGGGUGUCUGGUCGCUACUCCGCAUUUUAUGAAGACUCCAACAGGCGGUUGCUGGAACAAAGCAAGAUGUUCUGCUUUUUACGUGAUGACUGCGACCGGACGCUUGACGGCUUGGGAUCUUCUUCAGGGUCUCGAGCAACCCGUUGUUGCAUUACAGCUAUGCAAAGAAAGUCUUACUGCCUUAGCACCCUAUGACGAGGGAACCCUUAUAGCUGUCGGAAACAUGGUUGGAACAGUAUUUCUCGUUGAAUCGACGGAAUUCCUUCAGUCGUUCGACAAAAAGGAUAGAACAGCUCUUUCAGAGUACCUCGAAAGACGUUCGAAAGUCACGAAAGCGAUGGACGUGCGUUUAAGGGAGAUCAAAUUGACUCAAAAGAUCAUGGAGGCGGAAAUGGAAGCAACGAAAAUCAAGGAAAAAGGCAAGCCGGCUAGAAAACCUGCAGCACAUAAGAAAGACAAAGGCCGGGAGAAAGAGAAAAGUAAAGAGAAAGAUAAGCCGAAACUUAGUCGCGAAUCAAGGGGCAGCAAAAGGAAGAGCGCGUCCAAAGAAAGAAAGAAAAGAGAUGAAUCUCCUACAUUGGUGGAGGCUGAGCAAAAAUAUUUAGAGAUGGUCCAGAAGGGAAUAGAUGAAUACUCUUCGGAAAGCGAUCCAAACCUCCGUCCAAUGGCUCAGCAGACACAAACGAGGAAACAGGAGCGAAGAAUUCGAAGAGCGUCGGAAGCAGUGUCCGAAGAGGACGAUGUUGAAUUGAUGGACGAACAGCAGACGAAAGAGAUGGAGGGCAAGAUGAAAGAAGAGAUGAGGGAACGAAGGAAAACCAGACGAAUUCAAGUGAGAAAGAAACCACCGUUGAAGGUAGCGGCUCGAGUAUCCGAAGGAUCGAUCACGGAAAAGAUUCCCACGAAAUCUGCGAGUAACCUGGUCCUGGACGGGUCCGAAAGGAGAAGAAGAAGAGGACCGAAGACGAAGAUCUCGUUCUCUCUGCCGAUACCGUGCAAAGGUGAAGUUUGCAAGCCGAGGGUCUGUUGCUGGAGGAAAGGUGUAAAAGAGAAGAGAUCAGAGAAACCGAAGAUCGAGGAGAGGAAAUCGAGUACAGAUUCGGUACAAUGGGCGGCUGCGAAACCCACGAAGCGUCGCGGCAAGCAAGCUCGCAUUCUUCAGGAAAUGAUGGAACCACCGUCGGAUUUAACUCUGGAGGUUCAGAGAGCCAGAGAAGAGAUCAGAGAGGCGACUCUGAGAGCAAGGGUGCCGAAAACUCGCAUUCUUCGAGAAGCUGCGGAAAUCAGGGCAAAGGAGGCAAGGAAGGAACAAGAGCAGAAGCGCGGUUCAAAACAGGACGUAGGAGAGAAAUGGGAGACAUGGUCGGAAGAGACGAGUAUAAUGGAAGAAGAUGAUGAGGAAGAAAAAGGAAAGACAACUGUUCCUCCGGAUCCUUGCAGUCCUCAAAAAGCUAAGGACAUCGCCGGAGAGUUCUCCGCGAUCCUUGGUAUCCCUCUUCCGCGCAUAAGUGAAGAGAAAUCAGUUGGGAAAGCUCAUUUGGAGAAGGCAAAACUUGCUCGAACCAGAGUUUAUCCACGAAUUUCGGAAUAUCAAGGGCAUAUCGAGUGAUAGUAGAGUGACAAUAUCUUGAAGAGUUUCUGCUGCUUUGGUACCUGAAGAGGUAUGGGAAAAAGGCACGUGGGGAGGAGCCGCGAGAAGAAGGGAAGGAUGGUUUUAUAUCGAGGACCAUCAACGUGUAGACGUAGCUUCCUACCACUAUUGGAGUAUCGAUUCGACCAACCACGUGGAAACCAAGAAUAUUUCGUUAUCACUUUUAUUAUCUCUCUUCUAUCGAAUGUUUUCAAAGAGAAAGAGCAUGACUCGUGUUAUCAGCUUUACGAUUUCUUUUUCUUUAUCUUUGCUCUCAGGUUUCAAUUUAUUUUUUCAAAAAUAGAAGAUUUUUUUUUUAGAAGAUUAACUGGUGAAAUUAGUGGUGAUAAGUAGGUUAUUUAUUCAAGUUUCAUCGUAGAACCGGCUUAUUUUGCUCAUUAAAUUAAUUGCCCUAAAAUUAUUGAGCGAAUAGCAGUACUGCGUUUGAAGGAUUAACGAGGAACAUUUGUACCUUGUUCAUAAAGGAUAAUAUCUGUGUUGAUUUCAAUUAAAUUGUUGGAUGAUUUCAGCGAAUAGAUUUAUGUAUUUUGAAAAUUUGAUGGAAUUAUUGGAUGGAAUAAUUGAUAUUUAAUCUAAUUAAAAAUAUGUCGAUUAAUUAGUAACUUAUUUGUUUAUCAAAUUCCUGGGUAAACUGAUCUGAGUUCUAGAGCUGAAAAUAUUUUCAUUCGAAUUUCAUUAAUUAAUUAAUGAAAGUAAUAAUGAAAUUCAGGAUAAACUAUGCUGCAAUUUGAGAACAAUGCAGACCAUAGUAUGUGUGUCAAAAUGUUGCCCUAUUUUGUUGCUUUGAAUACCUAAUUAUCAAGUACUGCUCAUACAAUGGUUAUCGAAAAUUCCAAAAAUUCCAUACUACAUUUAUUCUCUAGGGCUGCUGAUCACUGAGGGAUGGCAUUUUUUAAUCAAAUAUUAGAGAAUUUCACUUUCACAAAUCAUAAUCGUUCUCCAAAAUACUUUAGAAACAUAAUUAGGAAUUAUUACAAAUAAUCUUCUGAUACAUAUUUUGAAUAAAAUGAAAAUUUUUAAAAAUCAAAUGAAUCU